GCAGCUGUUUGCCGUCGAGUGAAGUAACUGCUCUCGGCUUUCCCUGAGGCCGGAAGCCACAGGACUUGCCCCUGCUCGCCAUUUGUUCUACAGACGUAGAGCCCAGGCUUUCUGCCACUCAGUAGAGGGCAGUGCCCGCGGGCCACACACUUCAGGUAGCUGGCUGCUAGAACAGGAUUCUUUUCAAUAACCAGAAUGAGACACAAUCAGAUCUGUUGUGAGACACCGCCAACUGUCACUGUUCAUGUAAAAUCAGGAUCAAGUAGAUCUCAUCAGCCAAAAAAAACUAUUAAUCUUAAGCGUCCUAUUUUUAAGGAGAGUUGGCAAGCAUCUGAAAAAAAUGCACAUAAUAGUAACAAGUCUAAACGUUCUAAAGGACCGUGUUUAGUUAUACAGCGGCAAGAAAUGACUGCUUUCUUUAAAUUAUUUGAUGAUGACUUGAUUCAAGAUUUCUUAUGGAUGGAUUGCUGCUGUAAAAUUGCAGAUAAGUAUCUUCUGGCUAUGACCUUUGUUUACUUCAAGAGGGCUAAAUUUAGUAUAAGCGAGCAUACCAGAAUAAAUUUCUUUAUUGCUCUGUAUCUGGCUAAUACAGUUGAAGAAGAUGAAGAAGAAUCAAAGUAUGAAAUUUUUCCAUGGGCUUUGGGAAAAAACUGGAGGAAAUUAUUUCCUAAUUUCUUAAAGUUAAGGGAUCAGCUUUGGGAUAGGAUUGACUAUAGGGCUAUUGUAAGCAGACGGUGCUGUGAAGAGGUUAUGGCUAUUGCUCCAACACAUUAUAUAUGGCAACGAGAACGGUCCAUGCAUCACAGUGGGGCUGUCAGAAACUACAACAGAGAUGAAGUUCAGCUUCCCCGAGGACCUAGUGCCACACCAGUAGAUUGUUCACUUUGUGGUAAAAAAGGAAGAUUUGUAGGACUGGGAUUGUCUUCAUCAUCUUCUUCAUCCAGUGGCUCAUUAGAAAUGAUGGAGAAAUAUUCAUCUCAGGAAUCAUACAAUUCAUUCUCAGUGGAUUUACCACCUGAACCACCUCAAUCUUACUGUUAUUCCCAAGCUACUGAUAACGUAUCAAAAAAGGGAAGGAAAACUAGUUGCAUGAAGCAAGACAAAUCUAUGGAAUGGUUUACAGGAAAUGAAGAGUGAAAUGACUCGACUAAACCAACUUGGAAUCAUUAAAUAUAAAAUGUGAAUGUAAUUUCAAGAUAAGUGUCAAAAUGAACUAAUGCAUGGUUUGUUUGUAACAGUUGCACAGUUGCCUGUUGACUUAGCUUUCAUAUUUUAAAAUUCAUAUGUAAUAAAGAUUUGUAAAUCAAAGUAAUAACAAAGACAAAACAACAAAUCUAUAAAAGCAAUCAUUUACAAUAUUAAGUUUAUCUUGGUACUUUGCAAUCUUGAAAUUAGUUGUAGUCAGACAUCUGGAGUACUCGGUUAAUAUUCUGGGCUGAACUUCCUCAA